UUUAUCGAUGAAAAUGUUUUUAAGUAAAAAUUCUCUCUUUCUCGUCCCAGUUUCGAUCCCUUUUUAUCUUCGGCCCCGGUCCGAAAAUCCGAACUUUCUCACUCUUCUGCAAGUCUUUAGAGAGAGAGAGAUAGAGAGUGUUUGAGAGAGCUUUAGGAGGCAGCCAUUUGCGUCUUCGUCGUCGUUUCGGAGCUUAAGCACUGUGAAUUUAAGCUUAACAAAGCCCCGGGUUUUUGAUCAGCCACUGAAAAGGACCUUCUAGACAACGCCGUGAGUCCGCUCAGCUGAAGAACCCUAAUUCGCUUAGCUUAGAUCACACUCCGAGCUCCGAGUGAAUCUCCUCCACUUCCUCUGCCUUCCGGGCCUUUCAGUAUUUUACUUACCAGCUUGCUUGUUGCUCAACUAGUGUGAAAAAGAGUUGGUGUUCUGCGAGAAUAUAUUCAAUUAGAAUUGUCACUACAGAGUUAACACGUGGUAGUGCUUUCAAAUCAAGUCUAUCGUAUUGGCCCUUGUAAUCGUGGGUAUGGGAUUGUUUGAUCUGCAAUAAUGGGCAAAGCUGCUUUAUUCCAAAUAAAAAAGUAGCUGAGUAAAUCUUGGUGGCUGGCCUUUUAAUGCCUGGUAACGAAGUUGAAGAUAGGAUCCACAAGUUAUAUGAGCUAGAUAACUCUUCCCAAGACCAGCAACAAUCUCAAGCGGUGGAGGGUAGUUGGCCAGCACAUAACUACAAUCAGUGGGUUGGGAAACAGAGGCAGAUUGGGUCAGCUCUGAAUUUCAAUCUGAAAAACUGCAAUGUGCAACAAUUAGAUUCUGUGAAAGAACAUGGCAGUGAAUCUUUGAGCUUGUUGUUCAACCAAAACUAUACACAAUUGAUUCAAAGACCCGAGUUUUCCAGCAUUUACUCUAGAAACCAACUGCUGAAUUCAAAUGGAGAUAUGCUUGGAUGCCCGAAAUUCCAGGCAAUGCAAAGGCAAUCAAAGUCUUUGGGUGAAAAUACAGUUUAUGAUCCACAUACCAUAACUUCAAGAGGCUCUUCUUUCUUUAUACCACAUAGAGAAAAUGUGUCUGGGGAUAGUCCCACCUUGACAACAAAUUCAGAAAAAUCGGAACUUACUGAAACUUCCUUUGAAUUUGACUUCAUUGAAGGGAAGCAGCAGCUUGCCUGGGUUCAGCAACUCAAUACUCCACAAACUUACCUAAUGCAGCAGUCUGGGUACAAUGAUAUGCAGUUGCUGCAGCAGCAGCACAUGGUGUUCAAGCAGCUACAAGAACUUCAGAGGCAGCAACAACUUCAGCAUCUGGGUGAUGCUAGGCCACAGAAUUCUUCAAACCAGAUUUCUGCAAUGACUAAACAAGCUACUGGUGCUCAGAGUUCACCUGUCAUCAAUGGAACGCCUGUUAAUGAUGCAUCACAUAUGUAUAUGAACUGGAUGCAGCGAGGUACAUUUAAUGCUGUGCAAGGCGGAUCCAAUAGAGCCAUAUUUUCACAAGAUCAAGGCCAGGCUUUGCGUUCCAUGGGUCUGGCUUCUCAGCAGCUUGAUGUUUCCUUGUAUGGUACUCCUGUUGCUAGUGCAAGAGGUAGUAUGAGUCAAUAUUCCCAUCUCCACGGGAUGUCUCGUGAUUCUUCAACUGUGUCGACUAAGGUUAGUGUUCAAGCGCAGAAGCCUAUUAUGCAGUCAUCAGCCUUCAGUAACCCCUUUGUAGGUGAUCAGGUUACUGUUUCUUCAGAGCAGGUUUGCUUUCCCCAAGAAGGUUUCGCAUCCAAGCAAAGAUCUCAGGGACACAAUAUGUUCAGUCAGGUUCCUGUUCAGGGGUUGAAUAGUGCUGUUAUUUCAGGGAAGCCCCAGCUGGGGAAUACUUUGCAAAAAAAUGCAGCACCAACGGAACUUAAUGCGAGGAGGCAAGAGCAAGGUGGUUGGUCUGGAAACUUGCAGCAGAAAAAUAUGCAGCUUGGUCCUUCUCAGGGUUUGGUUCCCCUGGAUCCAAUGGAAGAGAAGAUUUUGUACAAUCUAGAUGAUAACAUCUGGGAUGCUUCUUUUGGUAGGUGCACUGACAUGGGCGUAGGAGGCAUUGGGGCAGCAUUGGAACAUACAGACUAUCCAAGUGCAUUUCCUUCUAUUCAAAGUGGAAGUUGGAGUGCUCUCAUGCAGUCUGCUGUAGCAGAAGCUUCUAGUAGUGAUACUGGGCCACAGGAGGAGUGGAGUGGCUUGACUUUUCAGAACACAGAACUCUCAACUGAUAACCAGCCUUCAAAUGUUAUGGAUAGUGAAAAGCAACAAUCAAGUUGGCUUGAUAACAAUCUGCUGAAUACCUCCUCCUUAAGUUCAAAACCUUUUCCUGUGUUUAAAGAUUCUAGUGUGAGCUCUAGCUUCCCUGGCUUUCAUCAACCAGGCAUCCAAUUCUCAAUCGAGCAGAGAGACACAUUGCACCAGGAUGACUCUCAUGAAUCGAUUCGGAAGUCUCCCAAGAACAAUGGUGAGUGGAUUGAUUGUGGCCCUAAACAAAGGCCAUCCAGGGAAGGAAGUCAAUCAGCUCAACCACUCAUGCAUUUGGACAAUGCAUGGGCUCGUCAGAUUUUUGAGCAUCAAGAAGGUGAUUUCCAUCAGCAGAGAAUAGCCUCAUGUAACAAUGUUAGCCAACCAUGUAGUGAAACAAAAGGUGAUGUCAACGAAGCUACAUACAAAAGGAGGAGUUCUGAUGAUUAUCUGUGGGAGGUCGAUAGUAACUGUGGGGUAAGCUCUUUUUCUAGAUCAGCUGGAGGAUUGGAGCAAGUACACUCUGGCAUGAAUAGUACUCUGCCCAACAAAGAAGAUUCACAAAUAUUUAACUUUGCUGCCGUACCAAAUUCAAGCCCUUCUAAGGCCUUUCAAGAAGCCAGUCAACAAGUGCAACAUGAUAAUCAGCUUGAUUAUGUUAAGCAUGUUGAUACAUCUAGGAACAAGGAAAAUCAGAGUAUUGGAAAAAACCAGCAUCAGAUGAGUAAUGGUUCUCAUGUUUUGCAUAACUAUCUUUUGGAAGCAGGUGGAACAUAUGAGAUGCAGCAGAAAUGCUACCUAAAAGACAACUCUUAUUGCAACUAUGGCUCCAAAGGAUUGAGCCGGCAAGAGCAAGAAUGUGUAGGGCAGCUCAAAUUCAUCGGUGAUGUUUCUAUCAGUCCUGUGACCUUGGAUAAGGUGCAUUUACCUGAUUUUGAGGGAAACUCAAAAGCCUCAGAGACAGCUAGAGGUGGUCUCAAUACAUCUACUACCUUUCAGAGGUCAGUUCAUCCUCAUCAUGAAAACGUUACCGCUCAAAGAAGUGAAAAUAUGCUUGAGCUUCUUCAUAAGGUUGACCAAUCAAAAGAGAACAGCAUUAUACCGCAUUUUGGCUCUAGAGGUUGUGAUUCAUUGGUGUCUGAGACAGGAACUCCUGAUGGAUCCAAUGCUCAAUUGUACCAUCAGUCUGCUGCUUCUCAAGGUUUCACUUUGAAAUUAGCUCCUCCAUCUCAACGACUGUUCAAUAUGAACCCUUUCAUCUCGUCUCAAGAUUUUCCAGAAGUAGCACGGAAUCUAAGUUUCAGGGUAGCCAAUUCUGAAAUUGGAGAUAAAAACCAGACCUGGUCAGCAUCCCCAUCUUUUCAGUCAUCGCCUUCAUCACGUGAAUCAUCUCAAAGACUGCAUUGGGAUAACAAAUUUAGUACUUCUGUACAGACAAGCAUCCCUCAGCUUUAUAUAUGUCUGGAAGCUCUAUUGCAUCUUUUGAAUCCAGUCCUCCAUAUGUAAGAAAUCAGCUUCAAACACAGGGCAUGUUGAAUGCACCUCUAGCAUGUCCAUCUGCACAGGCAACAUUGCCUGGUACAGUUAGUAGAUACCCACCAUUUAACCUUGAUUCCUCUCCAGGUCA